GCGCGGGGGAAGAGCCGGCGGGGGCUGCGGUGCCGGCCUCUCCAGCCCGUGCCCGCUGGGGGUGAAGUCCCGGGGCGGGGCAGGCCCCGGCCGCCCAGUUCCUGAUUCUAUAAGCGGUGCCCUGGGCUGCUGGCGCCACAAGCGCGGGGGCCGUGCGCGGCGAAGGAUGGGCCCGCGCGGCGCGCCGACCUUGCCCCGAGGCCCUGGCUCGCGGCAGCCGCUCCUGCCCGCCGUCCUCCGGCUGUGGCGGCUGCUGCUGCUGCCGCUGCUGCCGAGCGCCGGAGCCGGCCGGCCGCCCCACCUCGUCUUCGUGCUGGCGGACGACCUGGGCUGGAACGACGUGGGCUUCCACGGCUCCCGCAUCCGCACGCCGCGCCUGGACGCGCUGGCGGCCGGCGGGGUGCUCCUGCACAACUACUACACGCAGCCGCUGUGCACGCCCUCGCGCAGCCAGCUGCUCACCGGCCGCUACCAGAUCCGCACAGGUUUACAACACCAGAUAAUCUGGGCCUGUCAGCCCAGCUGCGUUCCUCUGGAUGAAAAACUGCUGCCCCAGCUCCUGAAAGAAGCAGGCUACACUACCCACAUGGUCGGAAAAUGGCACCUGGGAAUGUACCGGAAAGAAUGCCUUCCAACCCGCCGAGGAUUCGAUACCUACUUUGGCUAUCUCCUGGGCAGUGAAGAUUACUAUUCCCAUGAGCGCUGCGCAUUUAUCAACGCUCUGAAUGUCACACGAUGUGCUCUUGAUUUUCGAGAUGGUGAGGAAGUUGCAACAGGCUAUGAAAAUAUAUAUUCAACAAACAUUUUUACCCAAAGAGCUACAGACCUCAUAGCUAACCAUCCACCAGAGAAGCCUCUGUUUCUCUACCUCGCUCUGCAGUCUGUCCACGAUCCCCUCCAGGUGCCCGAGGAAUACCUGAAACCGUAUGAGUUUAUCCAAGAUAAGAACAGGCAUCACUAUGCAGGGAUGGUGUCCCUUAUGGAUGAAGCAGUGGGAAAUGUCACCGAAGCCUUAAGAAGCCGUGGGCUCUGGAACAACACAGUGUUCAUCUUCUCCACAGAUAACGGAGGGCAGACGUUGGCCGGGGGCAAUAACUGGCCCCUUCGAGGGAGAAAGUGGACCCUGUGGGAAGGCGGCGUCCGCGGCGUCGGCUUCGUGGCCAGCCCCUUGCUGAAGCAGAAGGGUGUGAAGAGCCGGGAGCUCAUCCAUAUUUCUGACUGGCUGCCCACCCUCGUGAAGCUGGCUGGGGGGAGCACAAACGGCACCAAGCCUCUGGACGGCUUCGACGUGUGGAAAACCAUCAGUGAAGGAAGCCCAUCCCCCAGAACGGAGCUGCUGCACAACAUCGACCCCGGCUUCGUGGACAUUUCUCCGUGUCCUGGAAACGGCACAGCUCCAGCAAAGGGUGACUCUUCUCUUCCAGAAUAUUCAGCCUUCAACAUGUCUGUCCAUGCCGCAAUUAGAUACAAAAACUGGAAACUCCUCACGGGCUACCCAGGCUGUGGUCACUGGUUCCCUCCACCGUCUCAAUACAAUGUUUCCGAGAUACCCACAUCGGACCCACCGAACAAGACCCUCUGGCUCUUUGACAUUGAGAAGGACCCAGAAGAAAGGCAUGACCUGUCAAGGGAAUACCCCCACGUCGUCAAGCAUCUCCUCUCCCGGCUCCAGUUCUACCACAAACACUCAGUGCCCGUGUACUUCCCGGACCAGGACCCCCGCUGUGAUCCGAAGGGCACUGGGGCUUGGGGCCCCUGGAUGUAGGGUUUGGGGCAUCCUCGGGUAGGGGCUGGGAAACCUUUCUGUGGCAGGCGGGACUUCAGACCUUUACUCAUGUGACUUUCGUCUCAUUUGUUCUCCCAACCUGGGUUCACCUGUCCCCUCCCUUGCUCCUAAACCAUAAUGACGUGUCUCAUGUCAACGCCUAGUGCACUUAAGAAGCUGAUAAAAUCUGGAGCACUCCCACGGUUGGCUGGAGGGAGUGUCUAAAGGAGAGGGUGAUUGGGUUCAUCCCCUUUUCCGGAGCCCAAGCCGUGGGACGGCCGGGAACUUGAUCUGGAGUAGGAAGUGACGGAGUCCUGGAGGCUGGAGCAGCUGGCUCCUUUUGCCUCACAAGUCAGAUGUUAGGUUUCCCUGUGCCAAUAGCCAGCUUUUAUUGGAGUGACUCACGUUUCUUGUAACAAAUGAAGGGAGCAGACAAUUGUUAAUGGUUCUCUCAGUCAGGGGCUCUCCCUGUCUGAGGAUCUAGGUCAGGCGUUCCCUGAGAAUAGCCCGCCCUGGUCAGCCCUCGCUCACCCACCUCAUCACUCAUCCCGUCAGGGAGCAUGAGGCCCGUUUCACUGUCAAGGCCAGUAUGGCAACAUGCCUGCUCCUUGGUUCUGUUUUUUACAGUAAAGAACUGUGUUUUUAUCCCCAAGUUUUCCCCCAGCCAUUGCUCAUUUUGUCUAGACUUCCCGCUACCCCCAGCUCUCCUUGGAUUUUUUCCCUUUUGACUCAGGCAUCCUGUGCCUAAGAAGCUGCUUUGCUUCUCCACUCUGAGCACCACCGGUGUUUGGAACUCUGAGCCCUGCCUUCCUUUUGUCCCUGAACCCAAGUGACAGCCCUGCCGGGAGAAGGUGGCCGGCUGCCUCCGUGAGCGUGCUCCUGAUAGACACGGAGAGGCCUGGGCGGGCGAGGCUUGGGUCUGUGUCAUCUGUCUGGUCAGGAUAUUUCUAGUUAUGUGGGGUUUGUUAUCAUGACUGUGGCUUUGUCUCAUAAUGUAGUGAGAGUCACACUGUUCUUCUCCAGCACUGAGGAAAAACGCCAGGAAAGGAUGCUGUGUUUCUGAGAUGAUGGUCGUGGGCAGCUUGACGAGGAAAUGGCCCCGUUUGGGAACCCGGGCUGUGGUAAAGCCAGGAAGGACACCCACGUUCCUCUCCCCCUCUCAGUGUCUCUGCUCUCACUGAGGUGCUGGGGUGGGGGAAAGAGGGUGCACAGUGUGACCUGCCGGCCCUUCCCAGUCCCGCUGACGCCCUAUUCACAGGGAUCGGUCUACGUUAGCUCCAAAAAGCGUGACUCAGAGGAGCAUGUGUAAAAACCGUACUCCUGUUUGCAUUAGCUCCACCGUUUCAUUCGCUGCUUACCACCAGUGCCUGGUACAUCAUAGAAGGCACUCAGUUCACUUUUUAAAAAACAAAUGAAUGGACACAUGAGCAAAUGAGAAAGCCUCGCACUGCGAGCUGUAUACAGGGAGAAUAUAAAUGUCUUCCAGCCGUUGUUUUUCUGUUCUCACGCUGCCCUCCCAGGGCAGGAGCAUGGUCCUCGUGUCUGGGCAGGCGCAGGAUACGCCACAGUGAAGUCACGGCGUCCACUGGGGUGGGGGGUGGAAUAUGCCACCGAAGGGACUCUUCUUUUGCCAGUAAUCCUCAGUUCAAUGUAUUCUUCGUAGGACACUAGACCCUAAAACCACCGAAUAAUAUGCUACAGCUCCUGCUACAGCCAUCCUUCAGUUGAGUAGCUGUGUUUUCCGGCCACUGCUGACUUGGAUUGCAUUAAAAUACAAUGGCUGGAAGGGAAUGGUGCUGGACCUGGGGACACGUUACCAACCCGCACCCCACUCCUGGGUGAGGAGACAGCCGGCCAGACGCUGUUGCCUCCCACUCCCAAGCCUGUGGCAGAUGUAUGAACUAACUGAGCCCACAUGUUCCUUCUGGAUCCAUCUCAUCCAUUAAUACUGCAGACCGGAGGCCGUGGGCAGCGACACCUCUUUGCUCUCCCUGCCGCGCCCCCGGCAGCCCUCCCUCAUUCUGGCACCGGCACUGCUGUGGCCAGGGUACUUGCUCCUCACUCAGUGGGCUUAGGUUUUAAAGACUGAUUUUCUGUAAACCGUUUAUCUGAGAUUUUGUUUUACCCGUAAUAGAACACAUCUUGUUAGAUUUUCUUUCUCUGUGCCACAAUGUGGACAGAUUCAUAGGUUGUCAUGAGCAGUAUUAAUUAUCAUUUCUUUCUGAAUCUGUUUACCUUUGAAGGCGGGAUCUGCUUAUGUAAUUGUUUUUUCUUUGUUACUUCACAGUUGUCCCCCACGUGGGGGACAAAAAUAAUUAAAUGUAUCUUUUAGAAUGUGACAGCUGUGCGUGGGGGGUCUCCACCUGGGCAAUGAAGAGUUUCUGGCGUGAGGCAGAGGUGACGGUCCCACGGCGUUGUGAAUGAACAAUGUCUCUGAAUUGUA